AUGGGGCACGGAUGUGACGUUUCCUUCUCACUGUUUAACAGGAAGCAUCACUGCCGUCUCUGUGGGCGCCUCUUCUGUGCAGCGUGUUGUUCGCACGCCAUCACGUUCCGCAAUCACCACGGUGCCCCGCGCGCGUAUCGUACCCCCUCUUGGACGGAGGGUGUGGAUUUCACUGCGUCCCCCCUAGCUGGGCUGAAUCUCGCCGGUGACACACCUGCGGGAGGGGACCCCAGCAGUUCGGGCUCUUUCCGCCUUUGCCAGUCUCAACCGCAGCUGCCCCGCACUGCCAGCAGCAGCAGUUACGACGCAUCGUAUUUGCUCUGCGUGCUACUACGAAAUCCAGCUUGUUGCGCCGCGUCGCGAUGA